AUGCCUGCUCGUGAGGAUCACAACAUCAACACCUUCGGGGGUCACCUCAACUUCACCAUGGGCGCCAUGGAAUUCGCACGUCCCUUUGGCCGAUGGCCACAAGACUCCGCCACCAAUGGGGUUACGGAGGCCCCCGACGCCGAAGACGACCAUGACGAAGACGUCGAGAGUCUCGGCCACGACAACAAGGAGAACGACCCGAGUCUCCUCCCCGCCAACCUCCCUGGGCCCAGCACGCGCCGCAGCAGGCGUUCCCAGCAGCAGCAGUCUCGGCCUCAGCCCCAGCACUCCCGCUAUAGCCAGGGAGAGUACCGCCUUAGCCCGCGCAAAAAGGCCAAGCCGGAGCUCGACUUCAAAAUCUACCAGGACGAGAGGACCUCCGCCGGCACCCCCUUCAAGUGGGAGUACUACGGCAGCAACGUCCCGGCCCUCGGCGAGCGCAAAAACAUGGAGACGUUCAACUACACCGUCGAGCAUCAGAUUCGACGCUACCAGUACCAGCUGCGGGACGAGGCCAUUCGCACCGGCGACGAGGACCUUUUCAACCUGGUCGAGAGGGUCAGAGAGCACCGGUACACCACCUGGCAGCGAUUCUCGGGCGCCAUUGAGUGGAUGGCCGGCAGCGACCCCAUGGACGUCUGGCUCUGGGUCCAGGCCAAGAGGUACCACAAGCGCUGGAACAAGCAGCAGAUUGAGCAGUUCAAGGAAUUCUUGAAGUUCAUGAAACAGUGCAUCCUCAACACCAUCGUCAUGGGGGAUGACGCUGCGGCCGAGCAGUUGGACGAGUGGAAUACUUCCCUCAUCACGGGUCGAUUCAGGUGCCUGGGGCUGCCGAAUCUCCACAUGGUCAAGAACAACAGGAUCCGGGUCUCGUUCAUGCCCAACGGACCUGAUGAGAAGCUGCUCUAUCGAGCGGAAUUCACCCCCGAAGAGCUCGAGAUUCUCGAUGCUGGGUGGGAGGGCCCGGGCCGAUGGGCUCCAGGAGAGGGGCCACAGGUGAAUAGAGAGACUGCGGAGAACGCAGACGGUGAGGACUCGGAGGGAGAAGAGUCUGAGCACUUUCGGAGCGAGGUUGGAGGUGAGGUGGAUAGCGAUGGUUACCUCGCACACCCGGAGGGAGGGGAGGAGUCUGAGCCGGACGAGGCCAGUUAUGUCUUUGCAGAAAGCUCAGACUUGAUCGCCAUGUGA